GAGCCGUAAGGGGGAGCGGGGUGCCCGGGGGGAAGCGGGGAGCCAGCGGGGAGCGGCGUGUCGGCCAGCAAAGCUUUAACCUGCGCUGGGAGAAUCGAUCACUGGGUGCCGGCCGGGUUCAUCCGGACUGAGACCUCAUGAAUGGAAAUCGGAACAACAGGAGCCGCUGAAGCCCGAGCCCUUUUUUCGUUGCCACGGCGACCUGGCUAUGGCACCAUUGGGAAGGCCAUCAAGCUUCUGGCGAACUGCUUCCAGGUGGAAAUCCCCAAGAUCGACGUCUACUUGUAUGAAGUGGACAUCAAGCCUGACAAAUGUCCUCGCCGGGUCAACAGGGAGGUGGUGGACUCCAUGGUUCAGCAUUUCAAGGUGACCAUCUUUGGUGACCAUCUGCCAGUUUACGAUGGGAAGAAAAGCCUCUACACUGCGAGCCCACUUCCUGUCGCCACUAGCGGGGUUGAUCUGGAUGUCACAUUGCCAGGUGAAGGUGGGAAGGACCGCCCGUUUAAAGUCAGCAUGAGGUUCGUGUCGUUGGUCAGCUGGCACAUGCUGCACGAAGUCUUGACGGGACGCACCAUGCCUGAACCGCUGGACCUGGAGAAACCCAUCAGCACUAACCCCGUUCACGCCGUGGACGUCGUCCUUCGACACCUGCCAUCCAUGAAGUACACCCCCGUCGGACGAUCCUUCUUCUCCUCCCCGGAGGGCUAUGACCACCCGCUAGGUGGAGGAAGAGAGGUUUGGUUUGGUUUUCAUCAGUCGGUACGGCCGGCCAUGUGGAAGAUGAUGCUCAACAUCGAUGUGUCAGCCACAGCUUUUUAUAAAGCCCAGCCAGUCAUCCAGUUCAUGUGUGAGGUCCUGGACAUUCACAACAUUGACGAGCAGCCCCGCCCGCUCACAGACUCCCACAGGGUUAAGUUCACCAAAGAGAUCAAAGGUCUUAAAGUGGAAGUGACACACUGCGGAACCAUGCGUAGGAAGUACAGAGUCUGCAAUGUAACACGCCGCCCCGCCACCCUCCAGACAUUUCCUCUGCAGCUUGAGAAUGGUCAGACAGUUGAGCGCACAGUGGCGCAGUACUUCCGAGAGAAGUAUAAUCUGCAGCUGAAGUAUCCCCACCUGCCCUGUCUGCAGGUGGGCCAGGAACAGAAACACACCUACCUGCCCCUGGAGGUAUGCAACAUCGUUGCCGGACAGCGCUGCAUUAAAAAAUUAACAGAUAACCAGACGUCAACCAUGAUAAAAGCAACAGCGCGUUCUGCCCCCGACAGACAGGAAGAGAUCAGCAGGCUGGUGCGGAGCGCAAAUUACGAGGCCGACCCGUUUGUCCAGGAGUUCCAGUUCCGUGUUCGUGACGAGAUGGCUCAGGUGAUGGGCCGCGUCCUGCCGGCCCCCAUGCUGCAAUAUGGCGGCAGGGUGAGCUCUGAACCCUUUAUGCCCCAGCAGAUCAACCCUGCACUGUCAUUGCAGAACCGCACGGUGGCCACACCCAGCCACGGGGUGUGGGACAUGAGGGGGAAGCAGUUCCACACCGGAGUAGAGAUUAAGAUGUGGGCCAUCGCCUGCUUUGCCACCCAGAGACAGUGCCGUGAGGAGAUUCUCAAGAGCUUCACUGACCAGCUGCGGAAAAUCUCAAAGGAUGCUGGGAUGCCAAUCCAAGGCCAGCCAUGUUUCUGUAAAUACGCCCAGGGAGCUGAUAGUGUGGAGCCCAUGUUCAGACACCUGAAGAACACCUACGCUGGGCUGCAGCUAAUCAUCGUCAUCCUGCCUGGCAAAACGCCCGUCUAUGCUGAGGUGAAGCGGGUGGGAGACACCCUCCUGGGCAUGGCCACCCAGUGCGUGCAGGUGAAGAACGUAGUGAAGACGUCCCCACAGACCCUCUCCAACCUCUGCCUCAAGAUCAACGUCAAGCUGGGAGGCAUCAAUAACAUCCUGGUUCCACACCAACGGCCCUCUGUGUUCCAGCAGCCGAUCAUCUUCCUCGGGGCUGAUGUCACUCAUCCUCCAGCAGGAGACGGGAAAAAACCAUCUAUUGCAGCGGUGGUGGGCAGCAUGGACGCCCAUCCCAGCAGGUACUGUGCUACGGUGCGGGUCCAGAGGCCCAGACAGGAGGUCAUCCAGGACUUGGCCUCCAUGGUGCGAGAGCUCUUGAUCCAGUUCUACAAAUCGACCCGCUACAAGCCAACCAGGAUCAUCUUCUACAGGGACGGAGUGUCUGAGGGCCAGUUCAGACAGGUGCUUUACUAUGAGCUGCUGGCCAUCAGGGAGGCUUGCAUCAGUCUAGAGAAGGAUUACCAGCCAGGGAUUACCUACAUCGUCGUACAGAAACGCCAUCACACACGCCUCUUCUGUGCAGAUCGCAACGAACGGGUUGGAAGAAGUGGGAACAUUCCUGCCGGCACCACAGUGGACACGGACAUUACCCACCCCUACGAGUUUGACUUUUACCUCUGCAGUCACGCUGGAAUCCAGGGUACGAGCCGGCCUUCCCACUACCACGUACUGUGGGACGACAACUGUUUCACCGCUGACGAGUUCCAGCUCCUCACCUACCAGCUGUGCCACACCUACGUACGCUGCACGCGUUCCGUCUCCAUCCCAGCACCCGCCUACUACGCCCACCUGGUGGCCUUCCGCGCCCGCUACCACCUGGUCGACAAAGAGCACGACAGCGCUGAAGGCAGCCACGUCUCAGGGCAGAGUAACGGCAGGGACCCCACGGCGCUGGCCAAGGCCGUUCAGAUCCACCACGACACACUGAGGACCAUGUACUUCGCCUGAUCGCCCACCCCCCCCUCCACUUCCCUCCACCUUCACCAGCCCACUCAGCCAGUCUUAGUGUUCGACUUCGGAUCAGCCGCCUCGUCUCAUCGCGCAGAGCGACGUCGUGCCGUCGCAGCUUUGGUCACCGGAAAACACGACGACGGCAGCAGGCUGCGUAAGGAUGUCAUAAGCCAGAGAGGAGUACAGCUGCAUUAUGCAAUUUGAAACCAGCCAAUUGUUUCUGUGCUCCCACCCAUGCAUCUCUCUUUUUUUUCUCCCCCUCAUCUCCUCUGCUGUAUUUUAAAUCAUGAUGGAUUCUGUCUCCUUUUUAAAAACUCACAUCCUCGCCUUCCACAUUUUACAGCAGCUCAAAGUUUUGUUUUGUUUUGUUUUUUUUUUAAUUUCAAGUGUGUGUUUCUGGAUCAUAAAACAGAGCAUGGCGAGGUAGCAGGGAAUACAAAAACAGCAGAUUUUUUUUUUGUUUUGUUUUGUUUUUGUUGCAUGGGUGGGCACGAAGCAGCACCAGUGAGGACCCGACUUGAGCCUCACGUUGAGCCUAAUGUCGCUGGUUUAUAUUGUAGACGGUUUUACAUGUUUGUGUGUUUUCAGCUUGUCUAGAUACAAUACUGUAUUUGUCUGUCGAGCAAAUGUGUGAUUGCCAUGGCAACGUGUUAGUCGAGAACACUCGUAAAUAGCAAAGCUUCCCCCCCCCCCCCCUCUUUUUUUUUUUUUCUUUCUCUCUCUCAAAAACGGCAGGCUGCCUUACUGCUUACUCUUCUGUCUCCCUUUAAGCCAAUGGAUGGUUACUCACAGUCAUUCAGCCAGACAGUAAGAAGCGUAUCUCUACACUCUUACCAGCACAGACACUGAAUGAAACCUUUUUUUUUUUUUUUUUUAAACAAAGCCACGUACAUUGCCAUUCUUUUGAGGCAUUGUGUGUAUCGCUUGUUGCCUUACUGCGAGGCGAGGUGCAUAAAAAGGACUGUUAGAAUACGACGCCAUGGCCACAAAAUGGACAAUUUUAAAAACUCUCACUUUAAUAGCUCAGCUUGGUACAGAAUAAUAUACCAAACGUUUCUCAUGUGUUUUAUUCGUCUUGCUAUUUAUCAGUUUUCGUCUCUUUUUAACUUAAAAUAACAUUUAUUUUCAGCAAUAGAGCAGUUUUUAUCUUCUGAUGACCACAAACCUUUUGAUUUUUUUUUUUUUUCCCCCACACUUUUAACAAAAAAACUGACCAAUUUAGUCGUCAACAGCUCGUUCUGUGCAAUAAGGUGUUAAAGCAGAGAGAACAGGUUCGGUGGUGAUUGUUUUCGAUGAGUAUUUGUGCGCUAAAACGGUUCUCGAGCGAGUUUUAGCAAGUGAUAAUGAACUCGGAGUAGGAUUGACGCCGCAGAUGUGACGCGUGGAUGAGUCGUCUGACGGCGUUUUUGUGAGAUUAUAACAAAAGUGCCUGAUUUGGUUAGAGUGUGAAAUGUUGGCAGGAUGGAGGGUUUUUUAAUCGUAUGUUGGUUUGGGUGCCUCUGUUAAUGCAUUUAGUUUAACAGUAACUAUAAAAAAAAACACUGCACUGCCCGACAUGAGGGGCUGGACAGCACAGUCACAUCACAGGCCAGGUUUGUGUGAUUAUUUCUAAUGUUUUCUCAUUAUAAGGAAGCAGUUAUUUCCUGAUUCCCACUUUUAACACACUUUGUUUCCUCGUGAACACAAAAUAUUUUGUUCUUGGAAUGAAAUGGAGAUCGUACAGAGGUUUAAUCAUUGGCUAAAACAGUUUCGGUUUCAGAUAAAAUUAAUGAAGCUAAACAAAAAUUGCAAUUUCGGCCAAAACUUUCUUGUCAUAUGAUUUAAAAAUCUUUAAAAUGUCAAAAUGUUCUCCAGGUAACAAUCUGGUUUUCUUGAUCACUAAGUAAUUGUCACAAUGAAGGUUUAUUUAAAAUAAUGUCGGACUUUGUUUUUUCAUGAUAAUUAGUAAUCUUGUCAUGAUCUCAGAAAACAAAGCGAGAUUUUAAAGUCAUUUUUGUGUUUGUGAGAAAACUAAAACAACAUAAAUAAUCACACACAGUUGGCGUCUUUGGCCUUCCAUACGACGCUGUAAUAAAUAUCUGAAUAUCUGAGCUAUAUAACAUGCAGCUAAGUGAAGGCAGAGACUGUGUACUUGGAUGUGCGUCCUCACAUGAUGCACUGUCAGGACUCGCAGUUUGCACUCUUCAGUCGAAGCCUUCGUAUUCAGAUUUCAGAGUCUCUGUCGCGUUAGUUCUCAGAGUCGGUAUGAGCUGGGUGUCACUCGACUGGCAGUAUUAUAGCACCAAAACCGCUUUCAGUACUCGAAACUCCACACGGUUCCAAGAUGGUGCUCGAUUUCAUAAAACCUUUCUAUUUUGGAUCAAAUAAUGUAUCAUUAUGGGUAACGCUUCCUAAUUUUAUACUGAUUUCCUGGUCAUUUUUUGCAGGUAUUUAACAGUUAAUUUUAAGGACGU